UACAAAAAAGAAUUAUUUCUUUCCCCGUUAUUUUUAACCACACAAAAUAUAUGUGAUUCAUUUCACACCACAAGUUUAAAAGUAUUUUUUUUUAGAGUAAUAUGAAACGAGCAUUAUAGUUUACCUUCGUCCUACCUUAAUGCCCUGCUCCUCUGCUCUGCUCUUUUAAAAAAAACAUAAGAGAAGGUGAAGUUGAACGGAGAAAUCAUACGUAACGUAUCCCACCUCCACCCCAAACAAAGACAGGACCAUUAACUUCGUUCAUAACCAAAAAAAAUAAGAUUGAACUUUGAGAAGUUCUGAAGCUGUUAAUUGCCACAAUUAUAUCCAGUAAUGAUGGCUCAUUUGAAAGAAAGAUUUGGUUUCUUCUUCAACAACAGAUGGCUGGUUUUUGUUGUUGCAAUGUGGAUUCAAACAUUUGCUGGCAUUGGAUAUCUCUUCGGCAGCAUUUCUCCUAUAAUUAAAAGCUCUCUGAAUUAUAACCAGAAGCAGAUUGCUCGAUUGGGUGUGGCAAAGGACUUGGGUGAUAGUGUUGGAUUCUUGGCUGGUACUUUGUGUGAAAUCUUGCCUUUAUGGGCUGCACUUCUUGUUGGUGCUAUUCAGAACUUUAUUGGUUAUGGUUGGGUUUGGCUCAUUGUUACUGGCCGAACUUUUCCUUUGCCAUUAUGGGCUAUGUGCAUUCUUAUAUUUGUAGGAACAAACGGUGAGACAUACUUUAAUACAGCAGCCUUGGUCUCUUGUGUGCAAAACUUCCCCAAAAGCCGUGGUCCUGUGGUUGGUAUUCUUAAGGGAUUUGCUGGCUUAGGUGGUGCUAUUUUGACUCAGAUAUAUGCAGUAAUCCAUUCCCCAGAUCAUGCUUCACUUAUAUUUAUGAUUGCCGUUGGACCAGCAAUGGUAAUUAUCGCUCUCAUGUUUAUAAUCAGGCCUGUUGGAGGCCACAGACAAGUCAGGCCUUCCGAUGGUUUAAGUUUUUCAUUCAUUUACAGCAUAUGCCUCCUUUUGGCUUCUUACUUAAUGGGAGUUAUGCUUGUUGAAGACCUUAUUGAUGUUAGCCACAAUGUUGUCAUAAUCUUCACAGCUAUUCUAUUUAUCCUCUUGAUAAUCCCUAUUGUGAUUCCCAUCUCCUUGAGUUUCACUCAAGAGCCAAGAGUACCAGCAGAAGAAGCACUACUACUAUCCGAGUCACAGAAACAAGAUCCUGAAAAUUCUGAACACGACGAUGGUCAUGAAAUUAUAUUUAGUGAGGUUGAAGAAGAGAAGCCAAAGGAAGUAGACUUGCUUCCGGCUUUAGAAAGGCAAAAAAGAAUUGCCCAACUACAAGUGAAACUAGCCCAAGCAGCUGCUGAAGGAGCAGUGAGGAUCAAAAGAAGAAGGGGUCCCCAUAGGGGGGAGGACUUUACAUUAAUGCAGGCUUUAAAAAAGGCAGAUUUUUGGCUUAUGUUUUUCUCACUGCUUUUAGGUUCUGGUUCUGGUUUAACUGUCAUUGAUAACUUAGGACAGAUGAGCCAAUCUUUAGGAUCUAAUAACACACAUGUAUUCGUUUCCUUGAUCAGCAUAUGGAAUUUCCUUGGCCGUAUUGGGGGUGGAUACUUUUCUGAAAUAAUUGUCAGGGAUAAUGCAUAUCCAAGACAUGCAGCUAUGGCUGUUGCCCAAGUUAUAAUGGCCUUUGGCCAUUUCUUCUUUGCUAUGGGUUGGCCUGGGGCAAUGUACAUUGGUACUCUUUUGGUUGGACUUGGUUAUGGAGCUCAUUGGGCGAUUGUACCAGCUGCUGCAUCAGAAUUGUUUGGCUUAAAAAAUUUUGGGGCAUUGUACAAUUUCCUCACUCUUGCCAAUCCAGCUGGUUCAUUAGUAUUCUCAGGUCUUAUUGCUAGUAGUAUAUAUGACAUGGAAGCUGAAAAGCAAGCUCAACAGCACCACGAUGGACAGUUGAAUUUGGCGUCGGUUUUGACAAAUUUUCUUAACAUGGAUGAACCUCUCAAGUGUGAAGGUGCCAUUUGCUUCUUCUUGACUUCUUUGAUAAUGUCGGGACUAUGCAUUAUUGCAGCUGUUCUGAGCAUGAUUCUGGUGUAUCGCACAAAGGCUGUGUAUGCUCAACUGUAUGGAAGGUCUCGUACAUAAUUUAUCCUCAAAGUAAAACACCCUCGCUAUUUUCAUGGCAUGACACUGCAUAAUCAUCAAUAAAACACCUCUAGCGGAGAGCAAGCGACAAAGAAGGCACAAUAGCCCGGUUUUGCUGUUGAAGUUGUCCAUGGUUGAGUGAAUACAAAUAUUAGCGUUGCAAGUGAUUUCAGUUUAAUUGUAUUUUUUUAAACUUGAAAUUGUUAAAUUUUGGUUGUCAACCUUUAUUGAUUGUAGCAAUGUUGAUCCUUUUUC